AUGGAGCAAAGGAAGCGCAGGCAGCCGCCGAUGGACAGGACGGCAGACCCGGAGAUCCAGAAGGUGUACCAGCAGCUCUUGGAGCCGCUGUCGCUGUUCCCGGAGGAGGGGAUACAGCUCCCGACGACCCCCGAGCCGCUGCCCCCGUCUCAGAUGAAGAGAGAGGCCCGAGUGGGACGGGACGCCUACUUCAUGGAGCAGCUGUCUCCGGGCUCUCUGUGCAUGCUGGUGUCGGACCGGCUGUUCCGCGUGGGCAUCUCGCACGAAGUGCCCCACGAGGACCGGCAGCGGCUGCUGGACGUGAUCCUGGCGGAGCUGCGCUACGGCUGGCAGAUGCCGCCUCCCGAGCCGAGCCUCAGCCCGCGGGACCAGCAGACGCUGCGCCAGCGCGUGGAGACGCACGUGGUGCUGGCGUCGGAGCAGCUCUUCGUGCACUACCUGCACCUGCUCAUCACCCUGAUGAAGCCCCAGAUCGAGUCCGUGCUCACCGAGCCCGCCACGCUCACCCGCCUGUCGGCCUACCUGGCCGUGGACUGCUCCCGCUUCCUGACCAGCCCUCAGGUCUACCGCAGCCUCGUGAACGACUUCAUAGACCUGCAGGGCCUCCGCCCCUUCCACAUGGGGCCCCCCAAGCCCGAGGAUUUCCGCAAGCAGGCUCUCUUUCCCCAGCAAACCAUCGGCGCCUUCCAGGCCUCCCGGCUCUGCCCGCUGCCCUGGCCGCACAGCACGGGCUUCUCCGACAUCCCCUGCGCCGCCCUGAACAUGAGCUACUUGAUUUCCCUGAGCCGACCGGCAUACCUCUCAGUGAGGCCUUGCCCGGACGCUUUAAAGGGGCUGCGCUCCAUCCCGGACCUGGACAUGAAAAAGUACCUGCGCUGGCUGCCCGCUCAGACCCCCAAGCCCUCCAGGUUUGAGGACGCCUCUGCCCAGAAGAUUCGCCCCUCAGAGGCUUUGACCUUGGAGAAAGGCCUGGAGAUGGGGACUUUCCUGCAGCUGCACAUCCCCAGGAAGUGCUGCUCUUUGCCCAACAUGAGAGAAGGUCAGAAGCUUUCAGACGAACUGGGCAUAUGUUCCUUUCCCCCUCGAACUCUAACCCCGCUGAUCCUCGGCCUGAAGACGGGAACGGAGUCCUUCAUCGGCACACCUUCGGAGGACCUCAAGCACAUGAAGAAAAACCUCAUGGUGGAAUGGUCCAAGAAACCCCUCCAGAGCUCGGCCCUCCCCCCUCUGCUGGGGGCCUUAACCCGACUCCCCAACGGCCACCUCCGAAUGGAAGAGCUGCAGAGAAUAUUGAAGACUCUCCAAGAAGAAGAAGACUCUGGAAAAUGGGACUACAAGCCCAUCGUAAAAUUCCCAGCCACUGAGCACCCACAGCCAGUCACCGUGGACCUGCGGUGGAAAGAUCAGACCAUUCUGAAGGCCGCAGCGGCCAGAGUGUCAGAUCGGGCCUUCCGGGACAGCUUCUACCUGAAGGAGGAAAACGUUCUCUAUAACCACCUGUCUGGCGAACUGGACGGCAAAGCCGUGGAAGAGCUGGACAACAUCCUCUUUGCUGGGGCUAGGAUCCAGGAGAUCUACAAGGAGCUUUUGAGUCGCGUCUCUGCCGACUAUCUGGAUUUUGAUCGGGGGCCCCUUGUGGAGCCCACUUCUGACCAGGACUGGACCAGAUAUGCGAUGUCAGGCUUUCUGAACACGGAUCCCAACAUGCGAAUCAUCAACCCUGCCCUGGACGGCAUCGGAAAGCACAGAUUUCCUUCUUUAUCCUACAAUAGGUUUGCCCCACUGGGUCCCAGGGGAACCAAGCGGUGGUUCAGAAACAAGUCUUCCUGGCUGCGCUGGUGGAGAACCACCCUGACCACAGAUGACUACUUUUUGUAUCUGGCUACCCAGGAGUGUGACUUUCUCCAUGUGAUCUUCCACAUGUACCCAGAAGAUGAACCUGUGAAGACUCUUGUCACCUCCAAAGACACCCUACAACUCCCACCUGUGCCUCCACUGGGACAGGAGGAGGAUGUCGGGGAGUUUGUGCCAGGGUUCUGGGAUGCCAACUCGGUCCUGGAGUACGGCCUGGGAGCCGAGAGCAGCAAAUCCCUAGGGGACUACAAGGAAGCGAAGCAACUUCAGAGGCGACUCGAGAGGAUCUGGGCAAUCCUGCAGGUGCCGGACAAGGACCGGCUGGACAUGGCCAUCAAGUACAGCUCCAAUGUCCGGUUGGGGCAGCUCCCUGCCCUGGUGAGCGCCUGGGAGAAGGCCUUGCACCCCAUCCAGGAGCGAGAGAUCUUGUUAGCACAGCUGGAACGCUUUGAGCAAGAGGCCUCUGACCCCAACCGCUUCUUCCUGAAGGUCGAUUAUGACCUUUGGCGCUUGCAAGACGAGUCCCAGAUUCGCAGCAGCUUAUACCAGAGGAUUAAAGCAAUUGAGACCUUGCUGGCCAAGCUCCUGCGAGAUAUCCAGGUCACCUUUGGGGACUCGGUGACCUACAAGGGGCGGUGCUAUCUGGAAAAGAUGAAGAAGGACAAAGUGGAGAUGUUGUACUGGCUGCAGCAGGAAAGGCGGGCCAAGAACCUGGUCCGUGUCCAAAGGAGCUCCCGACUGCCUUCCCUUAUCCCGAAAAUCACAGGAAACCUAGAAAACGGCCUUACUUCCUCUCACACAAGUAACUAAACAGCAAACAUUAUCCCCUCCCCAGUCCCCGGAUGGGUCAGCCGGGUGAUAGAAUAUCUCAGAAAUCCAGGCCCACUGGGGUGGGUUAGGAACAAAUCUCUUCUAAUUGGAGAUUUUAGUUGAGUUCAUAUUUUAUUAUAAUAUAGUAUAGCUAUAGGAUGAAAAUUGCCGCUCUGCAGGCCCCAGGUUGGCCAGCUUAUGUCAAUUGAUAUAGCCGAGCUCUGGUACGUCUGGGUCUGAAUGAGUGAGUGAAUGAAACGGGAUUGGCAGGGAGAACGCUUGAGCAUCUCAUUCUACUCUAGUUCCGAGGGAUGCUUGGUUCGAAUCUAGUCGCUGAAGAGUUUAAAGGAAUAAGGGUCUCUCUCGGGUCUGGCUUAAUCAGCAGUUAGAGAAGGCAGAGGCUGAUGGACUGUGGCUUACCCUCCUCCCACACCCACAUCUCCAGACUGUUGUUGACAGCUGAAGCCCCCGAUGGAGCUGUAUUUCUUUCUCUGGGCUUCACCAGGGAACCCAAAGACACACCAAUGCCAUCGGCCCUUUGCCUGGGACUAGGUUUUGAAAGGGGAGAAUCUGGAGAAAGAGAAUGUGUGCAUUGUCCUGGUUAUCAGGGGGCAGGCAGCGUGAAGGUUCCAAGUAGGACGAUGGGAUGGAAAGGCCAAGACUGUACCUCGCUGGUUUUACAGUUUUGUCCAAAGUAUAGAUCCUGAAGUUGGUCCUCAAAUGCAAAGUCUAGUAGAAGAAUCCAUUGCGUUUUCUGUGGACUCCACAGGUCUGAGAGAAUCUUUCCCAGAUCCAGAUCCAGAUCCCACGGUUCUCCCACUUCUGUCCCGUGGCCGAGUUUAGAGAACAUUCUAAGAGACAGGUUAUGAUACUCACCAAAUACACACCUACUAGGGACAGCCACAGGGAAUUGGGUUUGUUUGUUUUUUUUUUUAACUAGAAAGAGGAAACAGCCUCCAAAUAGUAGGAGUGAUGAGGAAAAAGGUUCACUGACCAUCUGAGCCGGAAUUUGGAAACGGCCAAAGGACUAUGUUUUCUCCCUGGCUUCUUUCUCCCAAGCCUGGGAUUUCUCUGCUUGAGACAUUACUUUGGAUAUAAUCCAGUCUCCCCAGUACAGGCUACCUUGCGAUCAGCUUGAUUGGGAUUCUUAGGAGUAAAUGAACAAAUGGAAAGAU